AUGCCGACUCUCCUAAGUGCUCUUCGUCAGACCAGCCAGGUCGACUGCGACACUCUUGACAGUGACGUUGCUCGGGAGCUGGGCCCUUUCGUGGAUUGCACUUCUAACCAGGCCAUUGCGUUCUUUGAGGUUUCUCGGCCACUCGCUGGCCAACCCCUAUUGCACCAUGAGUCUUUGAUCGUGGAGGCCAUUCGAGAUGCACGGGAGGCUCUAAAAGGGCUGCAAGGCACCGCGACCUUUGAGGAGUUCGUGGUUGAGAUUCUGAUGGUCAAACUGCAACUAUUGACACUGCCCAACUUGACGGGCUACGUACACAUCCAGACGAACCCCAAGCUGUCAUACUCAACAGCUGGAACAAUUGACAACGCCUUCAGAAUCAUCGACAUUUUCAAAGCACUGGCGCCCGACUUUGACACAAAGAGGGUGUGCAUCAAAAUUCCUUCCACAUGGGAGGGCCUCCAAGCUUGUCGGAGUGUUGAGAUGAAAGGCAUCGCAACUCUUGCGACCACCAUAUUUUGCAUGGAGCAAGCAGCGUUGGCCGCUGAGGCACAAUGCACCUACAUUGCCCCCUACGUGAAUGAACUCAAGGUUCACUUUGAAGAGGGGUACGUGGACCAAAACAAAGCCUUCGACUUUUGCCGAGAGGCACAAGCGUACUACAUUAGCCACUCUUUCCGCACCCAGGUCCUGGCUGCUUCACUCACUUCUCUCGAUGAAGUGAUGCAACUUGCAGGCAUCCAGCAUGUCACCAUCUCGCCUAACCUGCUCCGCGGACUGGCUUCCACCGACCUGUCAAGCUGGAAAGGGACCCUGGGAGAGUACUUUGCCCAAGGACCUGCGAACAAGAGCUGGGAGACGAAGGAUUACGGUGCUCUUGUCAAAGAUGAAAGCGCAUGGAGGCUCGCCUUUACUAGAAGUGGUUUCGGCUCAAGCGAAGGAAAGAUCAUCCAGGCCAUCAAUUACUUUGCCGACUUUCAAGAGAAACUGGAGGAACUGGUGAAGCACCAUGCUGGAUAA